AUGAGGUCGGUCUUGCUCUUUGGCCGCCUGUGCGCUCGCCGAGGCAUUGCGAAUGGGCCGAAGCCGCCGAACUUCACAGCCUGCACUAGAUGGCAGUCGACAUAUAGACAUGGCGGUUCGCAAUGGAGGAAUCCACGGCGGACAAGGUACACGCUGUACGCCACCGCCCAAGGCAUCGCCCUCGGCACGGCCGCAUUUGUGAAGCUGGCCGAGAAGGACAAUGCGGGCACCGAAAAGACGUCCGAGGCGCGCAUGCUCGAGGUGUCGCGCAAGGAGAUCGAGAAGAACAAAGACGACACGAGCAGCAGCGCACUUACCCGACUUGGGCACAACAUCAUAUACUACUUGGAUGUAUACCUGUGGGAGCCCCUGUGGACCGGCGUUCGUUUCUUACAACUGGCUGCAAUAUUCGUCCCCGUCAUCAUAACAGUCCCCGCCAUCUGGAUAGGGAACCGACAGCCUGAUCGCGAUAAUGAGAGGUCCGGCACUUUAUGGUGGUAUGGCUUCUUAGUGCAGGCCAUGGAGUGGGCAGGCCCGGCGUUCAUCAAGCUUGGCCAAUGGGCUGCCUCGCGGACAGACAUCUUCCCAAACGAGAUGUGCGACAUCAUGUCCAAGUUGCACUCUAAUGCCCCUGCUCACUCAAUGCACGCCACGAGGCGGACGCUUGAGGCUGCCUUCGAGGGGAGGAAGUUCGAGGACAUUUUCGAGGAGUUCGACGAGACGCCCCUGGGCGUUGGAGCUAUCGCACAGGUCUACAAGGCCAAGUUGAAGCCAGACUUGGCUGGGCCAGCCGACAUUGACGUUUCGGACUCCAAAAGAAACCUCCGCCAAAACGUGCGCAAGAACGUAGACCCUAUUUUGAAGAGCACGCCGGGGCGGGUGCCUUCGACAUAUGUGGCUAUCAAGGUCUUGCACCCACGGGUUGAGAGGACUGUCCGCCGCGAUCUGCGGAUCAUGGGCUUCUUUGCCUCCGCGCUGAACAUGAUCCCGACCAUCGAGUGGCUCUCAUUGCCAGAUGAGGUCGCCCAGUUUGGAGAGAUGAUGAAGCUUCAACUGGAUCUGCGCAUUGAAGCAGCUAACCUUGCCAAAUUCCGCAAAAACUUCAAGGACCGGACGACUGCAUGGUUCCCCUUCCCAUAUCUCGAGUUCACGACACGAAAUGUCUUGAUCGAGGAGUUUGCUCAGGGCAUCCCGCUGGCGGACUUUAUGGAGAACGGAGGAGGCGUCUUCCAGAAGGAGAUCGCCCAGGAAGGGCUAGACGCCUUCUUGCGCAUGCUCCUGUUGGACAACUUUGUCCAUGCCGACUUGCACCCCGGUAACAUCAUGGUCCGCUUUUACCAGGCAAAGCAGCCCAAUAUUCCCGGCCUCCGGCAUCCUGGAAGGGAUGCGCACAAGCCUCACCCGGAAGAACAAGAAGAUGUCACGGAGCAGGUGUUGGCCCGUCUCCGCCCUUACCGCAAACGAAAGGACCCUGCGGCAUGGGUGGCCGAGCUCAAGAAGAUCGAUGCCGAGGGAUACCGCCCCCAACUGAUCUUCAUCGACACCGGCCUGGUGACGGAGCUCAACGCCACCAACCGGCGUAACUUCCUGGACCUGUUCCGGGCUGUGGCCGAGUUCGACGGCUACAAGGCUGGCCACCUGAUGUGCGAGCGCUGCCGCCAACCCGAUGCCGUGCUGGACAAGGAGGUCUUCGCCCUCAAGAUGCAGCACCUGGUCCUCAACGUCAAGAGCAACACGCUGGCGCUCGGCAACGUCAAGAUCGGCGACAUAUUGCAGGAGGUCCUGGGCAUGGUCCGUGGCCACCACGUCCGCCUCGAAGGCGAUUUUGUCAACGUUGUAAUCAGCAUCCUGCUUCUCGAGGGCAUUGGCCGAACCCUCGACCCCAAUGUUGACCUACUGAGCAGCAGUCUGCCCAUCCUCAGAGAACUUGGAGCGCGAGGCGGUGCCGAGAUGGUUAGAGGUGGUGACUUGCAUAUGCUCGUGGUCUGGGUUGGACUAGAGGCCAGACGGUUUAUGCAGGCCAGCAUCGAAGAUGUCGAGAGGUGUGUGAAGUACGACUUACUGUCACCUAAUGUGUAA